AUGCCGUCCUACUCGUCCCGCUACGGCGCUCCCCCGCUCAACGACGACCCGCUGUCCGAGCCCAAGUUCCUCGCCGGCCUCGAGGCUGCCGGCUACCUCCAGCGUCUCGACACGUCUGAGGCUCGCAUCACGGCCCGCUACCAGCACGCCCUCUCCAAGAUGUCGUUCGCCUCGCACUCGGAGGAGUUCCUCACUCGCGCCGGGGUCCGCAAGGUCCACCGCUCGACCGUCCAGUUCUUUACCGAGGACCCGACGCCCAUGGACCCGUUCGUGCACGUCAUGGUCGGCAGCCUCCCGCCGUCGCGCCCGUCGCUCGUCACGCCGCGCAACUGCGAGACUUCCUCGUGGACCCCGAUCGGCUCGGAGGACGAGGCCGACGGCACCGUCCACUUUACCGUGACGCACCCUGGCUUCUGGCCGGUCACGGUCGUCUUCGACUGCAACCGCGAGGACCUCCGUCGCGAGGACAGGUUCUCGUCGAUCCGCGCCGGCGAGGAGUCGGACUCGGACCCCGAGGCGUACCUCCCGCCGACCUCGUCCCGUCGCGCGCGUGGCUCGACCGCUCGCCGCGACAGCAUGUUCGACGACACGUACGAGGCUCCUCGCGGCGCUCGUGGCGGUUCCCGCCGCGGCUCGUACAUCGCGCCCGACGAGGACUCGACCUCGGACGACGACGACGAGUACGCCGGCCGCCGUGCCGGUCGCAGGCCCGCUCGUCGCGAGUCGAUGAGCGCGAGGGACCUCGACGACGCCAUCGCCGGCAUGAGCCUCGGCCGCUCGAACAGCCGUGCGUCGAUGCGCCGCUCGAGCUCGCGCGCCGGCUCUCGUCGCGCGUACUAG